GUUUUUCUUUAUCAUAUAGAUCCUUAGUGUCCUUACGAUGCCGUCGCGCCGUAGAACCCUUUUGAAAGUCAUCAUCCUCGGCGAUAGCGGGGUGGGGAAGACGUCUUUGAUGAAUCAAUAUGUGAAUAAGAAGUUUAGCAAUCAGUAUAAGGCAACGAUCGGAGCCGAUUUCUUGACAAAGGAAGUGCAGUUUGAGGAUAGGCUAUUCACUUUACAGAUCUGGGAUACUGCUGGUCAGGAAAGAUUCCAGAGCCUAGGUGUUGCUUUCUACCGCGGUGCUGAUUGCUGUGUUCUUGUAUAUGAUGUCAACUCGAUGAAAUCAUUUGAAAACCUUAACAAUUGGAGAGAAGAGUUUCUUAUUCAAGCAAGCCCUUCGGAUCCAGAGAAUUUCCCAUUUGUUGUUUUGGGAAACAAAAUUGAUGUGGAUGGUGGAAACAGUAGAGUAGUAUCUGAGAAAAAGGCUCGAGCAUGGUGUGCCUCAAAAGGAAAUAUCCCAUAUUUUGAGACAUCUGCCAAGGAGGGAGUUAAUGUGGAAGAAGCAUUCCAAUGCAUAGCAAAGAAUGCCCUAAAGAGUGGGGAAGAGGAAGAAAUAUACUUGCCCGACACCAUUGACGUUGUAAGCAGCAGCCAACCAAGGUCAACUGGAUGUGAAUGUUGAAAUACUUUAUGCUAUUUUUUUGGCUUAUGUUUGCACAAUAAUCAUCUUUCAAGUUUCACGAAUGAUUUGGCCUUCACAACCAUUUUUAUGGACUCAAAGUGGGACUAUACACCGUACGUUAGUAAUUGUAUGAGAAACAAAUGGUCUGUUAUUUGA